AUGCCUGCUCGUCAGAAUCCUCUUAUCACAGCAGAGAGUCUAUUUCAUGACCUCUCGACUCAACUAGAGCGAUAUCUAAGAUUUCUCGAAAUCGACCUCACUCCAGUCAUCUUGCAGAGCAAGCUGGACUGUGACGACCCCAGUGCAGUGGAUUUGAUUUCUCACGGGGAAGAGGCAUGGCUUCAGUCGCAAGGGCUAGAGCUAGCCCUCCCCGGUAGUCAUGUCCGCGGUGUCUGGUCAAUACCGACUUUUCUCCGCAACGAAGGGCGGUCGAAGGAUCACAAUGCCUCGAGUAAUCUGCGGCAAGGCAGGAAAAUACGAAGGUUUGAGAAGGAACUCGGUGCGGGCAUUGCGCUUCUGUUGGCUAUAGUCCUGCCCAGUUUCCGACGUUUACCUCUUAUACUAGCUCUCACGUCCGAAGCCUCUGAUGCAGGCCUUCCCGGUCCGGGCGCUAUAUCCUCAUGA